AUGGCUGCUGCAGAUAAUGGUCCCUCAGGCUCAGAUAAGGGGCAUAUAUAUCGUGUUCUCGCUAAGCUCAUCUUCAUGGACCACAUCAAGUACGGCCCUGCAUACUCAGUCAAUUCAAAGAAAUUUCAUGAUGUGGUCUGCAAUCGUAUCAGGACUCUCAGGGGUAAAUACAAAAAAAUCAAGGCAUCGUUCAGCAGUACAGGCGCUGGUGUUAUGUCAGUUGAGGGAACUUCAGCAAACAAUCUGCUGGAUGCUGCGCUUCUCGAGCUGCCAUGGUACACAGAACUUGAUGCCAUUUGGCACUCUAAUCCGUCCAUGGCCGCAAAGGUGCACUCAUCAAGACCUGAAACUGUCAAGCUGUGGGGGGUAAUGCAAAAUACCAUUGGUCAUAUCACACAGCAUGUUGAUGCCCUUGUUGACAACAUGCAACACCACUCUGUCGUCAGAGUAUCAUAUAUCCCCAAUGCCCCAGACAUCACUUCCAAAAAGUGCCAGCAGCUCAAAGAAGAAAAAGGCGAAGUCGGACGUGUCGCAGCAGGUGGAGCAGGUGAGGGAUGA